ACUUUUCUCGUUUUGCUCCAACACAGAAAUUCAGUAAACGUCACGACACCUAAAGCAGAAAGAGACUAUUUUGGCUUCGACACUUUCCUCUCUAUUUCCGUAUGGAACCUCAGCAUCAUCAGACACGGGAGACUCCGCCGCGGCGAGCGGCGGCCGGCGGCGGCGGCGGAGGCGGCGGCGAUUUCUCCGCCUUAUAUGCUGUUCUGUUAAUGUUCCUCGUUUUUGCUGCCAUGAUUAUACUUCCGUCGGCAUCUACUACAAUCAAUUUCUCUGCUUUGCAUCAAGUCCCUGAAGGUCACGUUGGGGUUUACUGGAGAGGCGGCGCCAUUUUGAAAACCAUCACCGAACCAGGUUUUCAUUUCAAAAUGCCGAUCCUAACUCACUUUGAGCCUAUUCAAGUGACAUUACAGACAGAUUUGGUCAGAGAUAUCCCUUGCGGAACAAAAGGCGGCGUAAUGAUAAAUUUUGAGAAGAUAGAAGUAGUUAAUCGACUUCACAAGGAUUAUGUAUACGACACGCUGCGCAACUACAGCAUCCACUACGACAACACGUGGAUAUACGACAAGAUCCACCACGAGAUUAAUCAGUUCUGCAGUGCACACACCCUUCAGCAAGUUUACAUCGACAUGUUUGAUCAGAUCGAUGAGAAGAUGAAAGACGCCCUUCAAGCCGACUGCACGCGCUAUGCUCCAGGCAUCGAAAUCAUCAGCGUACGCGUCACAAAACCGACCAUCCCCGAGAGCAUACGGCGCAACUUUGAACAAAUGGAAGAAGAGCGCACCAAGGUAUUGAUUGCAAUGGAGAGACAACGAGUGGCUGAGAAGGAAGCCGAGACACAGAAAAAAAUCGCGAUAAGUGAAGCUGAAAAAUAUGCUCAUGUUAGUAAAAUCCAGAUGGAACAAAAAUUGAUGGAGAAAGACAGCGCGAGGAGACAAGAGGAAAUAUCGAAUACGAUGUAUUUAGCUCGUGAAAAGAGCUUGGCUGAUGCUGAUUAUUACCGCACAAUUAAAGAAGCAGAAGCAAACAGAUUGAAGCUGACUCCCCAGUAUUUGGAACUCAAAUUUAUCGAAGCGAUUGCUAACAACUCGAAGAUAUAUUUUGGCGAUAAGGUGCCGAACAUGGUUUUGGAUCAAAGACUGCUCGGAAAUUUCUUACCGGAUUUGCUUCAGAAAGAUAAGAAGACAGAAGCUGAAUCGAAGCUCAAAUCCUCGUAUUAGCAAGACAAGAUGUUGUGAGGAUAAAUCCUUAAUUUCCUUGUCCAUAUUUUCUUGUGAGGUUGGAAUUGUCCAUGGUUGUUGAUGUGUGUUUUGUUUGCAAGAAAAGUUGUUUGGCGAGGGAGAAGUAUAUACAGUUUUGAGGAUUCUUUGGUUUUUUUUUUCUUUUUUUGGCUGAAUCUGAAUCCAAACAGUCCACGUGAUAAAUCUUUUA